AUGAUUCUGAGUUUUCUACUCCUGCCCAUACUUAUAAUAGCGAGCGACCUCAUAGUACAAACAAGCUAUGGUUAUUUGGAAGGAUCGCCAAUUCAAUCAGUAUAUAAUAAAUCGUGCUGGAUUUUCAAAGGAGUUCCCUUCGCACAACCACCAACUGGAAAUCGUAGAUUCAAACUGCCGAUACCUCCAAAGCCGUGGAGAGGAGUAAAAUCAGCAAAACAGUAUAGUGCCGCUUGUAUGAGUAAUUCUACCAUGACUACAUCACCCCAGCAAAAUAUAAGUGAAGAUUGCCUAUACAUAAACAUCUUCACCAGCGAAAAGUGUAUGUCAAAUCCAGGCUCAUGCCCAGUUGUCUUCUACAUCCAUGGUGGAGCUUUGAACUAUGAUUCUGCUGUAAUGUUCGAUGAUCAGUACAUAACUGAUCGUUACUCCUCAAAAGACAUUGUCUUUGUUAUUUCCGCUUUCCGAUUAGGAUUCUUUGGUGUACUCGCAUUCGAAAAUGAUUACGUAGUGCCACGUAAUCUUGCACUCUACGAUAUUAUUGUUGGGCUAGAGUUUGUGCACCAAGAAAUUUCCAACUUUGGUGGUGAUCACCACCAAGUGACGCUCAUGGGCCAUUCUCAAGGCGGGAGCAUCGCACUGCUGUUUGCUGUGUCAAGUCUUGUCGAUCCUGAGAAGCGCUUGUUUCAACAGUUAAUCGCACUGAGUCCAGCUGUUAAUUAUCGAAAUGGUGCUGGUCGUGCGGAUCUAACAUGGCGAGUAGCUUACGAAGUCGGGUGCGUCCCAUCCAAAGACCGUCCGUCAUCUACGACUGCAGCCGAAACUGAAGCUAUCGUAGAAUGUCUGAGAUCUGUGGAUGCUUAUGUACUUCUCCAAAAGCAAAGAAUGUUGGAAGAAAAUGAGGGCCUGCUUUUCGACGGUGUUUUGUUUGCUCCACCGCUCGUCGAAGAUAAGACCAAUUUCAAGAAUUUUACUGUAAACUGUAUAGCUAGGCCAAUGAUUUGCAGCUCAACUCGUUAUGAGUUCAACUUCCAAAAUGAUGAUAUAUACGAUAUUGGAGCAUUUCUCAUGGUCGAGCAUCCAGCUGAAAUAAGAAAAAAAUAUUUUGAGGAUAAGAAAUCAAGAAAAGUCAGCGAUUCUUAUCUCUCUCAAGUGGUGUUUACCCUUAACGCGAUGUUUAGCUUCUUAUUUACUAGAAAAGGAUCGAAUGUGUAUUUGAUGCAGUACGAUCAAGGACCAUUUCCUAUGCAUUCUUUUGAUAUGCCACACUUCAUCGGAACUCACAUGCGGAGCUUCGACAUUAACGAUAAGAUUAUUGACGAGUUUUAUGAAAAGAGUUUUGUGAAUUUUAUCAACGGAAGGGAACCAAACGCUGAUUGGCGUUCCUUCAAUGCCCAGAAGAGGAACUACUAUUCCGUGGUAGCGGACCUUAAAAGAAGAUUACUUCCUAGCAACAGAUUCGACUAUCAUAGUUCCGUUGUAGAUUAUUGGCUUCAUAAUAUUACAGACUAUGAUGCUUCUCUUUCUAAGUUGUAGCCUGUAUUGAGCUUAUAAAUUGAAUUUUCAGAAUUGCUAAAUUUAGGAAUAUUUUUACAAUAAAGGUGCUCAAAUUUCAAUGCUUAAUUUCUACGUAGCGACGCAAUCGCAGCAGUUUCUGUCGUCAUACUCAUCAUACCAGCAAUUUUUUGGCAAUCUGCCAGUUACUUCCCCUCAUACUUCUACAAUAAUACCGUAUCGUCGAAUAACCUAAUCUUUGCAUUGUUGGCUCGAUUAUUAAUUGUGAGCUCAAAUAGCUCAAUUUGCUCAAUGC